AUGUCUGGAACAUUUUGUUAUGAUGUGAAGACCAAAGAGAACCAAUCAUCAUUUGAGUUUAAUUCUGCUUAUUCUCCAAGGGUAUCAUAUCACUUCAAUCCCAAAGUCUCGCAUUAUCAUUAUGGUGUGAAGCAUCCAAUGAAACCGUUUCGGUUAAUGCUGACGGACCACUUAGUUUCCUCUUAUGGAUUACACAAAAUCAUGGACCUCUACGAAACAAGAAGCGCUACUAGGGACGAAUUACUAGAAUUCCAUUCGGAAGACUAUAUCAAUUUCCUUUCCAAGGUUUCGCCAGACAAUUCAAACAAAUUGCCCAGAGGCACGCUGGAGAAUUUCAAUAUCGGAGAUGACUGCCCUAUUUUCCAAAAUUUAUACGAUUAUACAACUUUAUACACUGGUGCGAGUCUUGAUGCCACUAGGAAAUUAAUCAAUAAUCAAUCUGACAUCGCGAUAAACUGGUCUGGCGGUCUUCAUCACGCAAAGAAAAAUAGUCCCUCCGGAUUUUGCUACGUUAACGAUAUUGUGCUCUCCAUCUUAAAUCUAUUAAGGUAUCAUCCACGAAUCCUUUACAUUGAUAUCGAUCUGCAUCACGGUGAUGGCGUACAGGAAGCAUUUUAUACCACAGACAGGGUAUUCACAUUGUCGUUUCAUAAAUACAACGGUGAAUUUUUUCCAGGAACCGGCGACUUGACAGAAAUUGGCUGCGAUAAAGGAAAACACUUCGCAUUAAACGUACCAUUGGAAGAUGGCAUAGACGACGAUUCGUACAUAAACCUUUUCAAGUCCAUUGUAGAUCCUCUAAUAAUGACUUUCAAACCAACACUUAUUGUUCAACAAUGUGGUGCGGACUCCUUAGGUCAUGAUCGCUUAGGAUGCUUCAAUUUGAAUAUAAAGGCUCACGGGGAAUGUGUGAAGUUUGUAAAAUCAUUUGGUUUACCAAUGCUAGUAGUAGGCGGUGGAGGUUAUACACCAAGAAAUGUUUCACGCCUUUGGACUUACGAGACGGGAAUCUUAAAUGAUGUCUUACUACCCGAGGAUAUCCCAGAAAAUAUCCCAUUCAGGGACUCAUUUGGGCCAGAUUAUUCGCUAUAUCCUGUUUUGGAUGACUUAUACGAAAAUAAAAACAGCAAGAAACUUUUGGAAGACAUCAGAAUACGAUGUCUAGAAAAUAUCAGAUAUUUACAGGGCGCACCCAGCGUAAGAAUGGAUGCUGAGUGCAUACCAACGCAAGAUAUAAGCGCCCUGACAGAAGAGGAGGACAAAAUCAUUCAAGAGAUGAACGAAGAAAAUGAAAUAUAUAACUCAACUAGACUCGGGCAGAUUGAAAAGGAAAAUACUGGGCUUGUUGCUUUUUCAUAA